GCCGCUCUCCCUCGGAGGACACUCUGCCCCGCGCGUCUUCUCCCCUCUGCUGCCGCGGGUUUGGGGAAGUGUUUCUAGGAGAUGGCCCCGCCGGCUGCGCCUGCGCGGUUGACGCUGGCAGGGGGCGGGCUGACGGGCUGCGGCGCAGGCCAGCUGGUAGUUCUUGCUGGGCCUGGGUUGUUGGGCCCGCCCUGGUUCUCUCGCUCAAUGGUACGCCUGUGAGUCGUGUUGCCGGCGGACGUCUCCUCGGGAUGGAGCACAUCCGUACGACCAAGGUUGAGCAAGUGAAAUUACUUGAUCGAUUCAGUACCAGCAACAAGUCACUAACGGGAACACUCUAUCUUACGGCCACUCAUCUAUUAUUUAUAGAUUCUCAUCAGAAAGAAACCUGGAUAUUGCACCACCAUAUUGCCUUAGUAGAGAAACUAGCUUUGACUACUUCUGGAUGCCCACUUGUGAUUCAGUGCAAGAACUUCAGGAUUGUGCAUUUCAUUGUUCCCAGAGAAAGAGAUUGCCAUGAUAUUUACAAUUCUUUGCUACAACUCUCAAAACAAGCAAAAUAUGAAGAUCUCUAUGCAUUCUCUUAUAAUCCCAAACAAAAUGAUAUGGAACGACUACAAGGUUGGCAGCUCAUUGACCUUGCUGAGGAAUAUAAGAGGAUGGGAGUGCCAAAUUCAAACUGGCAGCUGUCUGAUGGCAACCGAGAAUACAAGAUUUGUGAAACUUAUCCCAGAGAACUUUAUGUUCCCCGAAUAGCAAGCAAACCGAUAAUUGUUGGUAGUUCCAAGUUCCGGAGCAAGGGAAGAUUCCCAGUUCUUUCCUAUUAUCAUCAAAAUAAAGAGGCUGCCAUUUGUCGAUGUAGUCAACCACUAUCAGGAUUCAGUGCCAGGUGCCUGGAGGAUGAACAUUUGCUUCAAGCCAUUAGUAAAGCCAAUCCAGUCAAUCGCUAUAUGUAUGUCAUGGAUACCAGGCCCAAACUGAAUGCUAUGGCCAACAGAGCAGCAGGAAAAGGUUAUGAAAAUGAAGACAACUAUUCUAACAUUAGAUUUCAGUUUGUUGGAAUUGAAAAUAUUCAUGUCAUGCGGUCCAGCCUUCAGAAAUUACUGGAAGUCAAUGGUACCAAAGGGCUUUCUGUCAGUGACUUCUACUCUGGUUUGGAGAGCUCAGGAUGGCUUCGCCAUAUCAAAGCUGUUAUGGACGCUGCAAUCUUCUUAGCCAAAGCAAUAAUGGUUGAAAAUGCAAGUGUGUUGGUCCAUUGUUCUGAUGGUUGGGAUAGGACUUCCCAGGUUUGUUCCCUUGGCUCUCUUUUAUUGGAUUCCUACUACAGGACAAUCAAAGGAUUCAUGGUCUUAAUAGAAAAGGAUUGGAUCUCUUUUGGACAUAAAUUUUCAGAGAGGUGUGGCCAUUUGGAUGGUGACCCAAAGGAAGUCUCACCGGUGUUUACUCAGUUCUUGGAGUGUGUGUGGCAUUUGACCGAACAGUUCCCACAAGACUUUGAAUUCAAUGAAGCAUUUCUUCUUCAGAUCCAUGAACAUAUUCAUUCAUGCCAAUUUGGAAACUUCCUUGGAAAUUGUCAGAAGGAAAGAGAAGAGCUCAAGUUAAAGGAAAAGACUUACUCCCUGUGGCCAUUUCUCCUGGAUGACCAAAAGAAGUACUUAAAUCCUCUCUACAGUUCCAAAUCUCCGAAAUUUGCAGUUUUGGAGCCAAAUACAGUAUCUUUCAAUUUUAAGUUUUGGAGAAACAUGUACCACCAAUUUGAUCGAACAUUGCAUCCUAGACAGUCCGUGUUUAAUAUAAUUAUGAAUAUGAAUGAGCAAAAUAAACAGUUAGAGAAAGAUAUUAAAGACUUAGAAUCUAAAAUUAAGCAACGUAAAAAUAAGCAAACAGAUGGAAUUCUCACCAAGGAAUUGUUACAUUCAGUUCAUCCGGAAUCACCUACCCUCAAAACUUCGUUGUGUUUUAAGGAGCAAACUCUGUUGCCUGUGAACCAUGCUCUUCGAACUAUAGAGGGCAGCAACCCAGCAGAUAAUCGCUACAGUGAAUAUGCCGAAGAGUUCUCCAAGUCGGAACCUGGUGUGGUCAGCUUGGAGUGUGGUGUGGCCAGAAUGACCUGUUAGGUCCGUAGAGUGUUUUCUGGACUGACUGUAGUGCGAGAAAUGGAUUAUUGUGAGAAUGAUCUGUGCGUAUGACCAAAAGGAAUUUGUCGAAUAAUGAUCUUACAGUUUAAAAGUUGGAGAAAGGAUGAUAACUGCUCUUGUGAGAGAAAUAAGUCAGUUUAAUUGCAUUUCCAGCAGGGAAAGACUUUCAGUUCUUUAUGAAACGAGUGGUGGUGGCAGAUUUAUUCAAAACACCAUUUGUAUUGUAUGCUAGUGAAUUGACAUUUCUGUAUGAUUUAUAUGUUAAUUACAGCCAAACAUGAAUAACCUUCCUUAACUGUAAUUCAAUCGCCAGGAAACAAACCUCGACAAAGUUCUCUCUUACUUAAUAAUUGACAUGGCAUGUACUUUUGAUUAUAUAAUUCUGUAACUAUGAAUAUUUCCAUAUUUUGCCUAUUAGUGAUGUUUAAUGUUGAAGUGCCAUGAAAAAUAUUCUAAGAAAGCCUUAAAAUCUGAAUUUAUUCUUCACUCUUAAGUUUUAUAGGCAAGAGCAGGUUUUUGGUUUUUUGGGUUUUUUUCUUUUGGUCAGCCUUGUUUUAUUUGUAAAGAAUUGCACCGUCGUUUCUGCAGGGGCUGCAUGCUACAACACUCCUGUAUAAACAGAUGUGGAACUGCAGCGUCAAGUUCAUGGUCAGCUGCUCCCACGUCCAUAUUCAAAAUUAAUGAAACUGAAGGUUUCGUUCCGAUUACAGUUUGUGCAGUGCUACAUUUGAUGACAUUAUUUACAACUAAGAUUAUUGAUUUUUUGAAUAUGUGUAAACAUAUCUGACUUUCUUUAUGGAUUACUGCAUUCUUUGAUUCUUACUUUGUGGUUGGCUUUAUUCCUUGGAUAACUGUGUAACUUUAAAAAGUUAGGCUCUAAACUGUUCCUAGAAACCAUUAUAUCUCAAUGAGUUGCUCUUCCCAGAACAAACUUUCAGUUUCCCCAAAAUUUUGGGGUUAAAAAAAGGGAAGUACAGAUAGUUUAGACUUUGCUUGGUUGCAUGAAUUUUAAAGCAGCCAUUUCUCCGUGGAACCUUUUUUUUCCCCUCUGUUUACAUAGGAAUAAAAAAGGAAAAUUAAAGAUAGCCUAGUACAAAGUUAAUGUUUAGCAAAAACAACUUAAUGCUAGGAAAAGUUUCACUUUGCCAUGUUAUAUUAACUGUUCUGUGUGCCAGUAACAUAUCUCUAAAUGACAAAAAACACAAAAACAGAAACCAAUUCACAUGCAAUUGACAGUAUCACCCAGCUGGCUUUAAAAUUGAAGGUUUAAGUAACAUGACUGGCAAGAGGUAUGAUUCAGGGGUAGUAGGAAACCUAGGUAGGAUCCCUAAUGCUUCUCUUUACUGUACGUAUAUCUAUUAUAUUAGUUUUGAGCAUAAAUAUCUUUUUCAAAUGGGAAAAAAAGCUUUAUUGUAUAAGAACUUAUCUAAUCCUGUUUAUUUUUCCAAUGCUUUUGUGUAAUGCAUUAUGUAAUAAGAAAAAUACUCCUUUUUAAACAGUAACAGAAAUGUACUAUAAAAUACAGUUUGUGAUUUAGCCAAGUCUAUUUCCAUACUGAAGCUCUGGGACAGGAAACUUAAUCUUUGUGACCACAAAGGGUAACUUUUGUGCCUUGUUACUUGGUUCCAGUUACUGGUUAUGGUUUUAGAAUCUUCCAUGGCAGACUUCUUAUAUUCAACUUUUUUUUGGUUCAUUAUCUUCAACUUCAGGCGUAUAUGUGUGUGUUUAUGUGCUCACACAUGGACUGAGAAAUCAGUUACCAUCUUAAGUGACCUACAGGGUAUAUGUGGGCAAAAAGCGGAUUGUGUAUAUGUCUUAUAAAAUUUACUUUCAAUGUGUUUGGGAAUGUAUAGCAUGUAAAUUAUUACAUAUUAUUUAAAGGUAAUUAAAUGUUCGUAUUUUA